AUGGCCAUCGAAGGCGAUCCAAGCAAGGCCGCGGCCGGCGUCGGGUAUGGUCUGUUCGGCGCUCCGGCACAAGGCUCUCGCUCAGCCGGCCAAGACUUCUUUGACCUAUCCACCCUCGGAAGCACCCUCUCGGCCUCGUCUGCUCUGCCUGCCGCGCCAUCCAUAGUCCCGCAAAAGGAGGGCGGUGCCAUUUCUGGCCUGGGAGAGAAAUACAACGUCAGCUCAGCCUCCGGGACUGGGUCAUUGUCGGUGCCUAUCCAGACAUCGCCCGCCAGGCGUGGUAUGCAACCACAGCUCGCGCUUCAGUACGACUCAGGCGCUGGGAACAGCGAGUUCGGCCUCGGGUGGCAAUUGCGCGGCGGCGCUUCCAUUACGCGGAAGACAUCCAAAGGCUUGCCUCGAUAUCACGAUCCCGCUUCCGGCCCGGAGUCCGACGUUUUUGUCCUCUCUGGCAUGGAGGAUCUGGUGCCUGUGUUCAAGAAAGACGCAUCAGGGGUAUUUCUCCAGGACUCUGCGGGCAAUCCCGUCACCGAAGAGUCCGUCCGUGGCAACCAUGUAGUGCGGAAGUAUUUUCCACGCAGUCGCCAGACUUUUGCUCGCAUUGAACGCUGGACGAAUCUUGAAAGCCGGGACGACGUGCACUGGCGCGUCGUGACUGAGGAAAAUAGCACUUUGGUUUUCGGCUCCGAUGCCAACUCCAGAAUAUUCGACCAGUCAGCUGCGGUCGACGGCACUAUUCGCAUCUUUUCAUGGCUUCAGUCUGAAACGUAUGAUACAUACGGCAAUGCCAUGGUUUUCACCUACAAGCAGGAGGACUCGGCCAACGUCAGUGGCGAGGCAGCACAUGAGGCGUUCCGUACGCCUGAGAGCCGGGGGGCCAACCGAUAUCUGAAAACCAUUCGAUACGGAAACACGAUACCCAACCGAUCUCUAGACACCUGGGCUGCGUUCUCGGCAUUCGAACUGCCCCAGGACUCAUGGAAGUUCUCCGUUGUUUUUGACUUUGGGGAACAUAACGAGAGCCUUCCCAGCCCCGUUGAACUUAGUGCCUGGCGGUCAAGACUGGAUCCCUUCUCGACCCACCGGCCGGGUUUUGAGUUACGGACCUACAGACUCUGCCACAGGAUCUUGAUGUUUCAUCAUUUCACUGAGCUGGGCCAAGAACCUUGUCUCGUGUCCUCAAUGGAGCUCGCAUAUCGCGAGCACCCAUCACUGACGGUAUUGACAUCUGUUCGUCAUUUCGGACAUUCUUUUGAUGCCGCCUCAGGUACAAUCAUCUCACGCGGCCUCCCACCACUCGAAUUCUCCUACCAGGAGUUUCCUUUAGAUCAGGAACUCGAAAGAUUAACCCCGCGAGCGGUGGACGAGAAAAGCCUCCGUAAUCUUCCUGUUGGCCUUGAUGGAAGAGACUACCAGUGGAUCGACUUAGAUGGCGACGGCCUCCCUGGAAUACUCAUGAGGUCAGAAGCCGCAUGGUACUACAAACGCAACACCAGCGCCAACAACGUACAGGCCGGGACAGAGCCACCUCUGGCCGUUGCCCGAUUUGGAGAACUGGAGCUGAUCCGCACAAUUCCGUCAGCGUCUGAACCUGAAAUGUGUCACUUUGGUGAUGUGACGGGUUCUGGAAAGCUGAAUCUCAUUCAAACAGCACCCUCAGGAUGGGGAUACUUUGAACGCGAAGCGGAUAUUGACGCUGGAUGGACCAAUUUUCGAUACAUGGCCAGGUUUCCCAAUGUUGAUGCCUCGAAAGAUAGCGUCAAAAUGAUCGAUCUCACCGGAGAUGGCUUACCAGAUGUUCUAAUUUACGACGAUGAAGUCCUGACAUGGUACCCUUCGCUCGGCGAAGAGGGCUAUGGAGAUGGUGUCUCUGUUUCACAGCCUGCCUCGGAUCGUAGUUCCCCAAUCUGCCUCUUCCAGGACACGGAACAAACUCUUUAUCUGGCCGACAUGUCGGGAGAUGGUCUCGCUGAUAUUAUGGACGGCGCACCAUCUUUUGACUACCAAGAUGCAUUCCAUCAGGGAAGAAUCCGCUUGGCAGAUAUUGACGGCUCUGGAACGACCGAUCUCAUCUACCUUUCAGGUCAGGGGUUGGACCUGUACAUGAAUCACUCUGGCAACCAGUUCUCUGCCAGAAAGCGGCUGCCGCCAAGCUUCCCAAUUGAUAACACCUCCGUCGUCAGUGUCGCGGAUCUUCUGGGAAAUGGAACAGCCUGUCUCACUUGGUCGACAAGCCUUCCCGCAGAACGUCGAAGUAUUCAGUAUGUAGACUUCACAAAGGGCCGUAAACCGCAUCUUCUCAACCGCUUCGUCAACAAUUUGGGAGCCGAGACGGUGAUGCGAUAUGCGCCAUCUACCAAGUUCUACCUGGACGAUAAGCAGAGCGGAACCCCUUGGAUCACGAGGCUUCCCUUCCCCGUUCACUGCGUGGAGCAAGUGGAGACCAUUGACCAUGUCAGUCACAGCCGAUUUGCGAAACGAUACAGCUACCAUCAUGGAUACUUUGACGGUGUUGAAAGAGAGUUCCGUGGCUUCGGCCGAACAGACGAGUGGGACACUGGCGUCUUCGAGGCAGCGGCGAGUCCCCGGAUGAGCAACGAGGAUGCUGCUUGGCACACCCCGCCCGUGCGGACGUCCACAUGGUUUCAUACCGGAAUGUUCGUCGACGAAAGGACCUGGAGCCGCCAGAUACAAGCCGAAUAUUUUACGGACUAUGUGCGUGAAGGGCUUCCGAGUUCGCCAUCUCAUGGUGCCUUAUUACCCGAGUCGAUCAAUCCGUUCGAUCCAGAGGAGAUUAACAUCCUGAGGGAGCGUUUCCGGGCACUUAAGGGGAAGCUUCUUCGUAAAGAGGUUUACAGCGAGGACGGAUCAGAUUCAUCCCACAUUCCAUUCGCCAUCGAAGAACACAACUAUUCUGUCAAGGUGGUACAAGACGUCCAAGACUCCCAUCUCCACGCCGUCUGCACAGUCCAACCCCGAGAAACCGCAAGCUAUUACAUGGAGCGGGUCACGGGAGAUCCAAGGAUCCACCAUACCAUGUGUCUCGAUAUCGAUGAUUUUGGGAACAUCCGAAAGGAGAUAAAGAUUGUUUACGGUCGGCAGCCAGGACUCACCACCCUGACGGGCCCCGACAAGGCGAAACAGGAAUCGACACAUAUCUUGUAUUCGGAGAACAAUAUGACCGAAGCAAUCGACGAGGGCAAUGACUUCAGGCGGCCAGCCGUCUAUAGCACGCGUACAUACGAGAUUUCUGGGUUUCAGCCAGCGGGCAACGCCAUGCAGUUCUCGUUCGCAGACUUCGCAGGCGAGAGCAAUGACUUUUCUCCCCUGACAUCGCUACAAGAAGUUCCCUUUGAGGAAGAUCUCAAUCUCACGUCACGGCAAAAGAGACUUAUCAACAAAUCCCGUAUCGUAUUUCGCAAGGAUGACCUGACUGGAAUGCUUCCUCCUGGACACCUCGGGAAGCUAGGCCUCGCUGGCGAGAGUCAUACCCUCUGCUACACCCCUGGUCUUUUGGUCAAGGCUUUUAGACGCUUCAGAACCGACGGAACAGAGGAAGCGCUGAUAAGUGACCCAAAAAUUACCCCUGGCGGCCUUGUAGAAGGAUCACGACUAGGCUAUGUGGACCUUGAGGGCGACGGGUCUUGGUGGGCAAGCGCGGGAACCGUGAGGUACUCUGAGACAUCCACCUCCGACCCAGCCUUGGAGCUCUCUCAAGCCAAGAAUCAUUUCUUUGAAGCAAUUGCGUUUCUUGAUCCGCUCGGCCAUGAAUCAAGGGUUUCCUACGACUCUUAUGAAGGGUCGGGUGAGGGAGACUCGCUUCAGGGGUUUAGGCCAGACCUCAGUCAAGCAGAGAUCAACCUCAUCCUCUCUGAACCUAAAGGUCCUACCGCAUUUGAUCUGCUCGGUCAAGCAACCCGGCGCAUCAUCAAUGACUAUGGGAGUUUCAGAGAGUUGAAAACACCUGUGCCGUCGGUUGCCAUUGCGCGCGUACAGCACACGCAUAUGCCGAGCGAUAGGCGAACAGUCGUCAGCAUUUCCUACUCAGACGGCUUUGGCCGGAUAAUCCAAAGCAAGAAACAGGCAAAACCUGGACCGCUCAUUGAGGACGGCCCUCUGGCAGGUACUCGAUGGAUCACGUCCGGUUGGGUUAUCCACGACAACAAGGGAAACCCAGUGAGAGAGUUUGAGCCCUUCUUUGACGACACGCAUCGUUUCAAAUUCGACCUCCAGGCCGGAUCGUCGUCUACCUUGAUUUAUGAUUCCAUGUCCAGGAUUGUUGCAAUUCUGCGUCAGGAUCACGCUUUCUUCAAGACGGUCUUCAAAGGCUGGACCGAAUCCAUCCAUGACUUCAACGAUAAUGUUCUCGUUUCCAACGUCCAGAAUGAUAUUGAUGUCGGCUAUCUACUUCGCGGUUUGGAAGGUCACGAGUUUCUUCCAUCAUGGUACGACUCGCGCAUCAACGGGCAAGACCUUCUGGAGAAGGCUACGGCAAAGAAGACAGCAGCUCAUACGAAUACGCCUCGUGUGCUGCACUCCGACGCCCUGGGUCGUGUCAUUGUGCAAGUUGAUGACCUUGGCUCUGGUCAAACCAUAAGUAGCCGAUCCAGGUUUGAUGCCAGCAACAAUAUUGUUCAGGUUUCAGACCAGCUAGGGCGGCUCUGCUGCAGUGGGACUCAAGGGAUUUCCGGCUUCGACAUGUGUACGAUGCGGCAAACAGACCUGUUGAGACGUGGAUGA